ACCUUGGCAACGUCAGACUACAAUUUACCUCCGAAGGCGCUUCAUUUUCCAUCAGCUUCUCCUCAUUUUAAGCCGCAGCAGCAGGAUGACCACCGAGCACAGCAGCCACGACGUCGAGCAGGAACACAUUGAGAAUGUCGAGAAUAAGGUUGUGAAGAGAGACAGCGAGUCCAUACUGUAUCGUCUCUCUCACUACUGGCCAUUCAGACUCGUGGUGCGUGCAUACCGCGGGGUUUGGUUGAUGCUGGGUUUCUCACCCAAAACGGAGAAAGUUGAGAUUUGUACCGCGGUUUCCCCCCCGGCCCGCCACAGCCUGGCCGGCCGGAAGCGCCUCCACUGGGUGACCCGCCUGCUGCUGUCCGUCAUGCCCCGCCGCCUGCAGAGAGCCCUGGGCUACCCGGUCUCCAGCACCAUCGGCUGCUCCCUCUCCCCAGAAGUGCGAAUCUCUCCCACCAAACCUUGCGGGAAGGGCAGCAAGAGGAAGCAGGAUGAGGUGGAUGAAGAGGACGAAGGGGAGGAGCAGCCGUCCUGGGUGGAGGCCCUCAGUCAGGAGCUGGCUGACGAAGGCUCCGAUCAGGACCCAGACUACGAGCCUACUACUGUAGAGACUGAUAGUGAUGAGUACCGCUCGCACAACAACACGGAGAGCGACAUCGAGGUCGUGGGGAAGGGUGUGGUGAUUGAAGACGUCAAAACGGAUGUUGAGCCCAUCCAGACAAAAUGAAGUAACUGGCCUUGCUGCAGUUUCAUCUGUUAUUUAGCGUGUGUGGUCUUUACCUUGUCUUUUUCAAUGUAAUUUUGUAACUUUGUUCUUGGAAAUUCAAUAAAUGUUAUAUCUGUCA